UAGAAGAUGCAGACGAAAUUAAUAUCUUGAAUAUAGUUUUCCUGUGCAUAUAUACUUGAUCUGUUGAGUGGAUCGAACAGCAGUGAAUGGCAGCAACAUCUACAUCAGGGCAGGAAAGAAAAGGGAAUGGCAGCUAUUCAGUUAGUACUAGUGUACUUUCAGGUAAUGUUGUUGUUGUGGUCAUUUGAUGAUCCAUGGCUUAUUGCAGAAGCACAAGCUAUGGAAAACCCUGAAAUUUGUCCAAGUGCCUGUGGCAAUGUUAGCAUUCCAUAUCCAUUUGGAAUGAGAGAAGGUUGUUACUGUGACGAAAGCUUAAAAAUACAUUGCAACUCUAGUAAUAUUCCCCUACUUUCAAUAAACGGCACUGAUCUGGUGGUGACAGACAUUUCGGUUGGUGACAGCACCAUUACGGUCAACUUUCCAAUUGUCUUUGCAAACUGUGAUGGCAAAGAAAGAAACACCGUUAUUGACUUGGGAGGAAGCCCUUUUGUUUUCUCCUCAGAUUUGAAUAACUUCAUUGCAAGUGGCUGUGACAACCUUGCCUUGCUGAUUCAGAACCAGUCAGCAGUUGGUGGGUGCAUGUCAAUCUGUGAUCAUGAAAGAAGCAAUAACUACUUAUUGAGUAGUUGCAGCGGCAUCAACUGCUGCCAGACUAGCAUUCCUUCAUAUCUCAAGGUUUAUAAUGUAACCUUGGAAGGGGUAAAUGAUGGGAAAGGUCCUGGAAAAAAACAGCCGGCGAAGAAAUGCAGGCAUGCCUAUUUAGUUGACGGAAAUUGGAUGGAUAAUAGAGUGUAUGGUUGGAGUGGAGGCAUAAUGACCUCUUAUGACAUUAGAGAUAUGGACCAUGUUCCAGUAGUGCUGGAUUGGGGGAUAGAAUUAAGGGUAUAUGAAUCACUUGUAAAUAUUGGAUUAUUCUCUAAUACAAGUAACACUUACAACUGUCAAGUUCUGAAUCCCCCCCCUGAUUCCACCAGCCAGAUGGCAACAGUUCAAUGUUUUUGUAAGGCAGGCUUUGCAGGAAAUCCUUAUUUAGGUCAUUGUGAAGAGGGUCGAGACUACAUGGAGCACGGGGGACAUGUCAGAGCAAAAAUGGUGGUCAUUGGAAUUGGAGUGGGAUUUGGAGCGUUGUUUUUACUCGUUGGUUUGUGGCAGUUGUACAAGGUAUGCAAGAGGAGGAGGAAUGAAAGACUGAGGGAAAGAUACUUUAAAAGGAAUGGUGGUUUAUUGCUGCAAGAACAACUAUCUUCAGGUGAAGUCCAUGUUGAGAAAGUCAAAUUGUUUGCAUCCAAAGAAUUAGACAAGGCCACAGAUCACUACAACGUGAAUAGAAUGCUUGGCCAGGGAGGUCAAGGUACAGUUUACAAAGGGAUGUUGGCUGAUGGAAAAAUCAUCGCUGUUAAGAAAUCCAAAAUUCUUGAUGAAGGGAAUCUCAGACAAUUUAUCAAUGAGGUGGUCAUUCUGUCACAAAUUAACCAUAGAAAUGUGGUUAAACUUUUGGGCUGUUGCUUGGAGACUGAAGUUCCAUUGUUGGUCUAUGAAUUCAUUCCUAAUGGGACACUUUCCCAGCUUCUCCACUCCCCAAGUGACGAACUCCCAUUUACUUGGGAAAUGCGCUUAAGGAUUGCAACAGAGGUAGCAGGGGCACUCUCCUACCUACACUCAGCAGCUUCCAUCCCCAUUUAUCACAGAGACGUCAAGUCUACGAACAUACUGCUUGAUGACAAGUACAGGGCAAAAGUAGCAGAUUUUGGGACUUCAAAGUCAGUAACCAUCGACCAGACUCAUGUCACAACUCUAGUACAAGGCACCUUUGGAUACUUGGAUCCAGAGUACUUUCAAUCAAGCCAGUUCACAGACAAAAGUGAUGUGUAUAGCUUCGGUGUAGUCCUCGUCGAGCUACUCACUGGACAAAAGGCAGUGUCCUUUUGCAGAUCGGAGGAUGAAGCCAGAAGUUUAGUAACAUAUUUCCUUAUGUCCAUAGAGGACAACCGUCUGUCAGGAAUUCUUGAUCCUCAAGUUAAAGUUCAAGGCAGGAAGGAGGAUAUAAUGAUGGUUGCUGUCUUGGCUAAGAGCUGCUUGAGCAUGAAAGGAAAAGAAAGGCCUGCAAUGAAAGAAGUUACCAUGGUGUUGGAGGGCAUCAGAAACUCACAUGAGUGUCAAAAAUCAGCGAAGGAUUUUAUCAUUCCGCAAGAGAUCGAUUAUGACGCAAACGAUUUCAUGGAGGUACCUUGGCACCUAGUUUCUGUCACAGCAGAUUCUGAUUGAGAUCUUUUACAGUUGUGGUGCUUCAUCACCAGAUACAAAACCUUUCUUAAUUACAUAUUUUAUUCUGCCAUAGAUAUAUUGAACCUGAUUUAUAGAUUUAUUAUAUUAAUGAACAAUGGUGCUGCCAAAUACUUUUUGCUGUUACAUUUUAA